AACGAAUUCUGCGUGCCAGAGUCGUCUUUCUUUCAAUAUGUUGCUGGGUUGAUAUGUAAGGUAUACAUUGGGCCCAUUUGCGCUCAAGUCCGAAGAGAUCAGUCGCUCCUGGCCACCCUGGGAUUUUCCCGACUGGCAUUAAAUCCGGACGAGACAUGACUACCAAAAAGUUGCUCAAUUUUCGAAGCACAAAGUGGAUGCUUUCUUCUAGUGGCAUAAUCGUACUCGGGUCUAUGGUAAUCACGACUCAGAACUAUCGACCCAGAACCCCGAGGACGAUACGAUUCAAUCAGACCAUUGUGAUUGGACAUAAACUCUACCAACAAUGCUGUGUGACGCGAAGACGAGUCACACAACUUGUCUACACACAAGCUACAUUGUGCACCACUAUUGAAGCUAUUCCGCUGUUCAUGUGACAAGAACAUCGAAAACAUUGUUAUCGGUUGACUUGCCACUGUAUUCAACGUUCCUCCGCAUUGUAAAAUUCACUCGAGUCAUAUUUGAGAGGCUUCAGACGACAAAUGUUAAGUCCCAUACCCACACUAACUUUCAAACAGAGAAAGGCACUACAUAAGCAUACGAAAGCUUUUAAUCACUGUUUAUCUCUGCUUACAGAGCCUCCAGCUAAGCCCAAAUGAGUUCAAAAAUCCCAAAGCACGUGCGCUUCACCCCUGUUGUGAGCGUCAUUGAGGAACCAGAGAUCGCACUUCCUCUCAAUGACUCAAGGCCCGCUGCCCGUCAGCGUGUGCGGUUUUCUCCGCCGCCACCUGAAUCUAUUGGUCACCACACACGCGGACGAUACACUCGCCAGCAACUCUUAGACCG